UGCUACACUUACCCCCCCAACUAUCAAAUGUAUCAGUAACCUCUAUGGAAGAGCAAUAUUGACUGGUGUCGGGGGCUGCAGGGAAAAUAACCUGUGGUUGACAGAAAAAAAAGGUACAGAUAGUUCGUAAAAGGGCACAAAAAAUAUAAAAUUUAUUCAGACUGAAAAGGGUUACAUUAAAUUAAUAAUUAUACACACGUGCAACCUUUCCUAUUAAAUAGAAAUUGAUUAACAUAAAGUUGACUAAAUUAUGAUCAUAAUGAAAAUGAUCGCAGUUGUAAGAUUUAUUAGCUGGUACAGAAUGCACAACUCUUGGCAUGUGAUAAUCACUUAUUUUACUAACCAUUUCAUUAUUAGGGUUUCAUAAGGUUAUUGUAGUAAAUGAAAAAAAAUUAUAUGACACUGAAAUAAUGGGCGUGUAAGAACUAUUUCAGUUAACUGAAAUAAAAAUAAAACUUGAUUUUUUUGAAUGUAAAAAUAAAAAUCAAGUACUAAAAGAUAAUGUGUUGUACAUUUACAAAGCUCACAAAAACCUUAAAUUACAAAGAAAACACAAGUAAGUUUAUUCUUUUAUUAAAAAGUCGCUGUAUCCACUCACCGCUUAUAGAUGCUGCACCGCCACCUUUGUUUUCUUUUUUGAGCUUCAGUUGGCACAAAAACACUGUGAACCUUGAACCUUGUAGAUGAUGCAGCCCCAACGUCAGCAUUAGAAGAGAGCGCCAUCAGUCACAAAUGCUGCAUCGUCAUUGGUUAAUUCACAGUGGAGGGGCGCUGCUGAAUCAACGAGGUUAAGGCGCGCGUUAGUUAACGUAUGGAGUUGCAGGCAGACGGAAUGGAGGAAAAAACAGUUGCAGGACUCAAAAGAAGAAUGAGUGCAGAAGGAACUAAUACAAAACUGCCCAGAAGAGCGCGAAACCCUCCGAAAAAGAUGAGUUUGUAUGAACCAGACCCCAGCUCCCCCAGAGAUAAACAAGAUGGACUUUUUGUAUUUUUGACCUUUGAAGAUGGAUACACAGCAAAGAUUUUUAAUCUCUGUGAUAUACUAAACAAAGAUGAUAACCCCAUCGCUUGCUUUAGAGAUCUGACACCAGGAGAAGAAGUACUUGCAAGAUGGUCUGACAAUAAGUUCUACAAAGCUACAGUAGACUUCACUGGAACAGCUGACAAAACAGUGGAUACCAAGAAGGCGACAAAGAAGGACAUAAAAAAAGAGAUGCAGCUGCACAAAGAUUCUACAACCCUCCAUUCCUACCUCAAGCAGGCCAGUCCACCUCUGCUCAGGAUCACCUAAAUACUGUGGACCAAAAUGUUAUUCAGCCUCCAACAACCUGGCCAGUGUACCAGCCUCCACCUACAGAGUCAUUUCUACCUGUCCAGCCACAGCACCAGCAUGCAACUGCCUGGCCACAGUACCAACUUCCAGUUUCCCAGUCAUCACCAAAUACGCCACAACAUUACCAGCAUUCACCAGUCCAGUCGCUCAACCAGUAUGGAACUACUCUGGCUCAAAUUCCACACAAUUCCAGCCUUUCGCAGUAUUCAAAGCAUCACCAGUCUCACACAGCACUACCCACACCUUCAGACCAAAUACAACAGCAGCCUGUUUUGGCAGAUUAGGAUCAGCGAAGACAGCCACCAGCUCCUACAGCCAAAGAAAGCUUCCUCAAAAUGUUGUACAGUCCUAAUACAAAUCAAAAACCUGCUGUUCUUGGGGACCAGAGCCAGACAAGCACCUCUGAACAUGAGACUUCAAGCUCAUCUGCAGAUACUUUAAUCAUCGAGCGUGAUCCAAUUCCAGAAUAUGGAGAACCAUGUUUCAUUUCGCCUGAGUCAGCAGAAGUCAGAUCAUGGAAGCCAUGCGAAGCAUGAAAGACAGAGGUGGAAAAAUGAGUGGAGGAAAAGGCCUGCAACUGCAUGAUGUGCUGUGUGGUAUAAGUGGUGAGCACCUCGAGGCUUUCAGAGGUUUUCUGGACAAAGUGGAACAGAUCCAACCUCAGGCUGGUGUUUGGGCUCCAAAAGGCAGAUCUCGGCAGCAGAAGCUAUAUCCAGGAAGUGGCCUCUUCUUGUCCUCAACUAACCUGGCUGCAAUCCAUGCAACCGCAAAGAAGGACUGCCUUUGCUUGUUCCGUCUUCUUUUUGAUGAAUUCUUUACUGCAGAGGAGUGCCAGAAUGCUGUGGCAUUUGGGAAACACGGAAAGGUGCCAGAUGGGAAGAGAGUCCUGGAUAAGUUCAAAGUCAAUGCAAUUCUAACUUACGUCAUGCGCUGUAGUACACUGGAUGGUUGGACACCGGUUGAGAAAAGAAAUGCCGCAUCAGGGCCACAACACUAUAAAUAUCGGAUGGGGCACACAGAGACAUUUGUGGAGGCGGCAAUUAGGGUGCCAGUAGAGGAUGGGUCCAUGGAAGAGACUGUGGAGGACACCAGAGAGGAAACAGUGGAGAACCCACUGGAAACAGGGAAAAAGAGAGGGUUAAGCCUGGUUCACAUGGGAUGA